AUGGCCAUGACGCGCCCGUCUACAUCCAGCGCCAGUCGUCGGCAAGAGCUUCACGCGCUUAAAAUCGUCGCCGACAACACGCCCGACCCGUAUGGUCAGCUCGCAGCCAAGAUGGAGUCGCUGCAGCUGCGCAUUCCACCGCAGAAGAUGCUUCCUCCGGAGCUGCUCGUGGAAAUCUUCAAGCUGUGUGCUGACUUUCCGAACGCAACAGCGCUGCCGCCCAAGCCAGAUGACGUUCUCCUCGUGCUGACCAACGUCUGCUCUACUUGGCGCUCCAUCGUUGUGUCUAUUUCAGAGCUCUGGUCCGCCGUAGCGGUCAGCCUCACGCAAGGAAGCGACAUCCAAGUGGACAAUGUCGCCGUUCGUGUAGGUGACUGGUUGGCGAGGGCGAUGAAUACUACGCUAUCGUUGGCAAUAGACUGCUCGAGAGAGCUCGCGGCUGUGGCAGAUGUGAACCCCAUUCUCACCUCAUCACUCUCCGCACUAAUCGCCUCUAUCGUGCUCCAAAACACAUCCCGUAUAAAAUUUCUCCGGCUCGUAUUCCCUCCAUCGUGUCUCUCUGCACUUUUCGACGUGCCUGCAGGCGGCUUUCCAGAGCUACAAAGCUUUGAAAUCGGACCGCACAUCUUCGACAGCGAUCUGGAAUUUUCGGAGGCGCCAAAUUGGCAAUGGCGGCGAGCUACCCCUGGGUUCACAAGCGCCGAGCGCCUGUCGCGCGCGGUGUUCUCGCCGGUGUGGCCAACGAUUACCAACCUCCCACAGGUAAUUGAUCAGAUCUAUAACUCGGACGGCAACUCCGAGUCGGAAUUCUCCGUGGCGUAUGUCGCGUUUCAUGCAGCGGGCGUCGAGCUACCCUGGCGAAAUUUGCGCAGUCUCGAGUUUGUUUGCACGAUGUGUAGCACCGACGUCUGGCUGAACAUCUUCCCGCAGUGCCCGCUGCUCGAAAUAUGCCAUAUUGGCGUCCGGCCCGGCCCGGAACCGCCAGCCCGUGCCACCGAAUCCCUGCCUGUCCAGAUAAGGCUGGAAAACCUGGACUACAUCUACCUCGUGUCCGCCGGCAGCGGCGGGGACACGCUAUUGGCUUCUCUGGUGGCCCCCAACCUGCAGCGCUGCGGCUUGCAGGGCCAGAUCUCCACGCGCGCGCUCUUCGCGUUCCAGACGCGCUCGGGCUUUGCGCUCCGUGUCCUCGUGACCGUGCUGCACAUCGCCACCCUCGACGUGUACCCCCUCCUGGAAUACUUCCCCACGCUCAAUUCGCUGGGAUUUUGUGUUGCCGCGACGGAGCACUUCCCGCCGGACAUAUGGGCCCGCAUCGCCCGCCGCGAGCUCCUCCCGGAGCUGCUCUGUCUCAUGCUUACCCCGCGGGUGGAGCAGGUGGCUGCGGUUGCCACGGCAAUUGAAGAGAACUGGAAGCGCGCGGUGGGGGCGGGGACGGCAUAUUUGGGGGUCAAGUUUGUCUCUGUUCCGCCAGAUGAUGUGCCGCUUUUAGAGGAAGCGCUCGCGCCGCUGGCCCGUUAUGAGGCAUUUGGUAUGCAGGUAGAAUUCUGCUGA